UAUUAUUUAUUUCAUUGUAAAUUCCUCUGUUAUUCUUUAUCUCUCUUCAAUGGCGGAAACUUCAGCACUGUAUUUCAUAUCAACUGGAUCUUCAUUGCUAAGUAUUUCUCGAAGCUUCCGCAACAUUCCUCCUUUCUCCUCCUCCUCCACAUUAUCUCCUAUUACCAGAUUUACCACUAACAUUCGUCCUCAAUCGUUUUCCUCUCGAUUUUUCCGAUUCACCGUUAAAGCUUCUUCGGAUGACCAGUUCGGUUUUGACCAUGGAUCUUACCCGUGGGAUCCUCAGUCGCUUGAUUCCGAUUCUGGUAUUCAGUGGGUUCGUGAGGACACAAUCACAAUGUUCACUGCAGAUGGGCUCGUUCAACUGGGAGGUUCUUUAGUUCCACGGCGUAUCUCUCCAUCAGAGAAGAAGCAGGGUAAGGUGAAAAAUCCUCCAAAGUAUCAGCGCUUUCAGGAGAGUGAUUACAUGGAUCCAAACCAAAGCCUUUGUCUGGGUGCUCUCUUUGAUAUUGCAGCAACAAAUGGGCUUGAUAUGGGUAGAAGGCUUUACAUCGUCGGCUUUUGUCGUUCAGUUGAGAUGCUUAGUGAUGUUAUCGAGGACAGUGUCCUGGAGCAAGGUGGAGAGGUGGUUGUUGCAGAGAAAGCAACAAAGGGUGGAUUGCAGGAGAAGUUAAGUAUGACUGUUGCGGUGCCACUACUUUGGGGUGUUCCUCCUGCUUCAGAUACACUACAUCUUGCUGUCAGAAGUGGUGGAGGGAUAGUGCAGAAGGUAUUCCGGCAGUGGCACUUCAUGUAAAUAAACUGCCGACCAGGAUGGCUUGACCCAUCAUCUAUUGUGCAUUCCCCUGUAUAUAGCUUAUAAUUUGUAUAUUAUUGAGACUGUACAUUUGUAUAAUUCAUACCAUCAAACAUUUGACUGACUGUAAAAUUAAAUCAUUGUUCCUCUUCAAUUGACUGUUGAAUUUCUGUUUA